CUCUUUAGAACUCAUUUCUGUUUUCUUGUUUCUAUGACGACCACACGGUUUCAUGCAAAUCCACGUGACGUCACUUAGUUAUGGCGGCCGCAACAGCUUAUGCUAGGAUAAGCAAACUGUCCGAGAUUGUCGUCUUUUUACUACGCUAAUACUUAAUAAUUCUCCAGCCUAAUGGAAUUAGCACGUAGUCCAAUCAUUCACCAAUGAAUCUGACUAUGUAUGGAUCUCAUUCUAGAGGGAAUCCGCCUUCAUACGAGAACAGAACGACAGGAGUAAGUGGUUCUUCCAGCAGAACGACAAGAAACUACGCCAUGGGAACCAGUGGUUCAACCAGCUCUGUAUUUCAAAGAUCUCUUAAUUCAACAACAUAUGGCUCUUCCUACAGGUCGCCUAGCGUUUCGAGGUCUAGAAUACUUCCUAAAGGUCCAGGGCCUCUGCCAGACAAGUUUAACUUCAACCGACACGCGAGUACUACUAAUGGCGACGUUCGGUAUGUUUCGCAGUUUGGAAAAUCCGACGACAGAUAUUCCAAAACUACAGCUUAUUCCCCUGUUAAAACCAGCUCAUACCAAAAGAGUACAGUCGAAAGGAAGACGUCUAAUGAUUCUGGUUAUGGUAGUUCUUCUAGUUUUAAAAACCGUCACGAUUCUUCACCGAGUAGUUCAACAUUAGCAACAUGUCGAAAAUUAUCCAAGUCUCAUUCCAGUUUGGAUCCGUCCUCUCUUAGUGAACUCUCCAUAAAAGACAACCCAUCGACUUCUAAAACCUCUUACAUCUCUAAACCUAUUCCUUCUAGUACUACAAGAACAGAUUAUAGAACUAACACUUUAGAAAAUAUCACAAACUUGGACGAGAAUCAUAACAUUUAUCAUCAUUCGCGUUACUCCGACGAUUCUGAUCUUUCAAAACGGAGUACAAAUCAUUUUUCUUCAACUUCUACCAAAUCUUCCAGCCCAAAUAGUAUUGUAAAUACUUCUCCAAGUUUUAAAAAUCGGAGCGUCAUCCUAGACUACAACGAGAAUCGCAAAGAAAUGAUUUCAGCAACUCCAACAUCACUACGAAGAAAUUCUAAAAGUUCGACAUCAAGUUCUUCGCCUUCGACGCCAAAUGGUCGAGGAUGUUUGGAUGGGUUGAUUGGACUUCGAAAUCUUGGAAACACAUGCUUUAUGAACUCCAUUCUUCAGUGUCUAAGUCAGUCAAUGGUGCUUACAGAAUAUAUGUUAAAAGGGUCUUAUACAAAACAAAUCAAUAGUAGAAGCAGUAUGAAGGGCAAACUGGUACAAGCUUAUGCAGAACUUAUCAAAUCCAUGUGGAAACCAUCUCACUCUGAGACAGCCAUUUCUCCUCACUCGUUCAAGACACAGAUCCAAAGAUUUGCUCCUCGUUUUGUUGGAUACAACCAACAGGAUGCCCAGGAAUUCUUAAGGUUUCUAUUAGAGGGUCUCCAUGACGACCUGAACUCAGUUCAUGACAAACCAAAGUACAAGAUCUGUGAAUUCAAUGACUUGCUAAGUGACACUGAAAAGGCUGACAAGUCCUGGAAACAGUACCUUGCAAGAGAUAAUAGCAAAAUAACAGACUUGUUCGUAGGACAGCUCAAGAGCACCCUUAAGUGCACAGAAUGUGGUCACAAGUCUGUAACGUUUGAUCCUUUCUGGGAUCUUUCUCUUCCUAUCCCAAGGAAAUCUAGUUCGUCAUACAGUUCUUAUGAGAGUAAAAGCAUAAGUAUACAAAACUGCAUGGAACUGUUUGCUAAGGAAGAAGUAUUGGAUGGCGAUGAGCGACCGACGUGUGAAAAAUGCAAGAAAAAAAGAAAGUCAACCAAGAAAUUCACAAUUCAAAGAUUUCCUCAAAUCCUAGUUCUUCAUCUCAAACGCUUUUCAGGAUUUGGUUUUCGGUCCAAGUUACAAACCAAUGUCGAUUUUCCAACAGACACAAAACUGGAUCUCAAAGAGUUUGCAUCAGACAAUACUGAUAGUAAAAUGGCUCUCUAUAGCCUGUAUGCUGUGUCUAACCAUUCUGGGACUACAUAUGGUGGUCACUACACUGCUUAUUGUAAGCACCCACUGAGCAACGAAUGGCACUGCUUUAAUGACUCCAGUGUGGACAAUAUCCCCGCUUCUCGAAUAGGAGGUCCACAAGCAUACAUCCUAUUUUACAACAGAAUGGAUGCCAAGUCCUCAUUGUGACAGAUAAAUCAUCACAUUAAUAUUCCCUAUAAUCAAUAUACUAGUAAGCCAAUUGUUAAAUAAAUUCAAUAAUCAUAUUACAUGGCAUUAAAUACUAAUUAACAAAAAGGUUGUAAACAAAUGAAACAUUUUGAGCAAAAUUUGUUUGGAUUUUGAUUCCUUUUACAAAAUUCAAAUAUUAAUAUAUCAAUGAAUUCAAAUAUUUUGAUUUCGUACUUUUUUAACUUUCAGCCAGAUUGAGAAAUUCUUGAUAGACAAUUUCAAUUUUAAUGUAAUAUAUACAUGUAACUGUCAGAUUGUAAUUGAAUGCUGUUUUCUGAGAAAAAUAGCAGUAUUUUAAAAAUUGAGAUGUAAAAAAAUCUAGGAAAAAAAGUUUUGUAGAAAGAGUGCCAAGAACUGAUACCAUGUGCGUUUUUGCAUAUAUUUAAUAUUAUUCUUGUUCAUAGAAAUUUUUUAAAUUUUUUAAAAAAAAUUCCCAGCGGUGAUAUAUUAUGAUGACAUUAAAAAAUGGUCUAUUAUAAUAAUGAUAAGAAUAAGUAACAUGGUUAAGUCUAACAUUAAAUUUUUACUAUUCUAUCAAAACACUUUAGAGCAGAAAAUUAUGUUCAAGUAGAGUGAUUUUAUUUAGCCCGUGAAAGAAAAAUGACUAUUUAGUUAGUACUAGUUUAUCGAAACUAACUAGAGUGACCACAGUAAAUCCGUGAAACUUUAGUAAUACUAAUUAGCACAAUUUCAUGCAAAUUCCAUUGUUUUCUAUUGUUUAAUUAGUACUAUUUUGUACUAUUGAGUAUUUAGUGUUUCACGGAUUAAUUGUUUGCACUCUAUCGCGUGUUGUACAAUAGAGUGACAAGCAGUACUUUCAUAUUUGAAUUUAGUUGCAUUUUACUAUAAUACAU